GUAUAGGACCACAAUCGCCGGCUGCCUUGAGGCGACAGAAUAUUCACUUCAUCAAAUCGGAGCGUCAACCCAGCAAGCGGUGGCUGACAGUAGUCUGAAUCGUCCAAGGUUCCAACCUCAAGUUGUACUCCAGGGAGGAUUUAAGCAGUAAAGGAAGGGAUGAGUGCUUACAAUGCUUUUAAAGCUUGUGCCCCGGUUGCGUGGAGCUCGAAUUUGUACAUAACCCUUGUAAGAGGUAUCCCAGGUACUAGGAGGCUCCAUAGGCGUACCUUAGAAGCAUUGCGCCUUCGGAAAUGCAACCGUACUGUGAUGCGGUGGAACACCCCUACAGUCCGAGGAAUGGUUCAGCAGGUGAAAAGGUUGGUGGUUGUUGAGACAGAAGAGAUGUACAAGGCACGAAAGGAGAAAGAAGCCAACCACCGAGCCUUGCGUCCCCCAUUGGUUGUAAAUCAUCACUCUGCUUCUUCAACAACUUAGUUUCUGCAAUUUGUCAUCGCUGCUCUUUCAGGCGCAGAGAAGUGAGAUGAUGAUACUGUUGCAAUAAAGACAUUGAAGUUUUUAAAGGUUUUUGAAGGGUGUAUUGUUUCUAGCUGAACACUUGUUGUGCCAUCCUCUAGUUUUCUUUUCAAUGGUGACUUUCACAGAUUUCCUAUGUUGAUUGGCGUUGUAGCUUAAAACAAGUGUUUAGCCUAUGCUAUCAUUUUUUUGUUAAGAUAGAAAUACAUUAUAUUAAGGACACAUUGCUUUGAAACUUCUAUUGAUGUUUUAGUCAUACCAUGAAGGCAUUUAAGUAGAAUAUAUUUUUCUUUCCCAG